AUGGCUCCUCUGGGUGUCUCUGCUCCCUGGCUGAAGGCAGCAUUGUAUCUGCUGCUCCUCAUUUUGCCUGCUUGCGUGUGUGUGUGCCCGAGGUCCUGCAGCUGCCCCAACCCCAAAGAGGUGCACUGUACUUUUCGCCAUCUCCUAUCUCCCCCGCGGAACCUGCCCAAGGACACAGAGCGAGUAAAUCUGGGCUAUAAUAGCAUUGUGGCUGUGGGGACGUCAGAUUAUGGACAUCUACACCAGCUAGAGAUGAUUAUGUUGCAUGGGAAUGAGAUCAGCACUGUAGCUUCAGGAUCUUUUUACCAAUUACGUUCCCUCCAGAUAUUGAAGCUGAGUUACAACAGGCUAACAAGAAUAGAACCCAGUAUGUUUGAGGGCCUGACAAGCUUGGUUCGCCUUCAUCUAGACCACAACCUAAUUGAUUUUAUUGAGCCUUUCUCUUUUAAUGGACUAACAUCACUGAAACUGCUUCAGCUGGAGAGCAACAGGUUGCAGGAUCUUCAUCCACACACGUUCACCACAAUCUCUCUUCUUGGGACAUUCUGGGGUUCAGGCCUACGGCACCUGUACCUAGCAGACAACCAGAUAGAGUACUUGCUGCCCGGUACAUUUCAACACCUGAGCAGACUUGAAGUCCUCUCUCUGCAUAACAAUCCGUGGACUUGUGACUGCCAAAUCCUUUGGCUUUUAGAAUGGCACAAGAAACAUGAUGGAGUGAUUAGGUGCAAGAAGGAAUCAUCCAGUGAGACUUGUGCUGUCUGUGCUUCACCACAACCUCUUAACAACAGCCAGAUUUUCCAGCUUUCAAAACAGCAGUUGGCCUGUGACAGGCCUUUGAUACAAUCCCCACUGAAGCUGGGCGAGUAUAGUGCAUCAGAGGACCAGGAACCAGACCUUCCAUACACCAAGGUUGAGCGUCCACUGGGCCACUUGACGUUCAUGUUGUCUGACAGCCAUGGGAACAGGGCCCAUGUGGCUUGUGAUGUAAACCAUCCAGUUGAAGGAACCUCCAUGGUAUGGGAGAAGGUGAAAAGGUCAGAUGAUGUGGCAGUGAAUGUAACCUUAUUAACGCUGCUUGAGUGUGAGAUUGACAGGGAUGAGCUCCAAAACCUAUGGAGACUUGUUGCAUACUACUAUGAAAGUCCAGCCACCUUGGUGCAAGGAGCGAGGCAUGAAAACACUUCAAAGGUGACCUUUCAGUACUCCCAGGUCUCAAACGAGGACUCUCCUUAUUUUACUGAACUCAAAGGACAUUUAAUGGCUGAACCAGCCUGGUUGUUGCAACCAAAGGUUACAAUUCAGUUAAACAGACACAAAACAACAACAAAAAAACUGGUCAUGAACUUUUCUACAUUUAUAUCGAAGCAGAUCAAUGGACGAGGAGAACAAGAAGAUAUCGUCUCUUCUUGGGCUAUGAUUCUAAGAGGAAACCUGGGAAGGAUUCAAAUUGUGUUGGAGCACUCUGAGGCCAUUCUUAACUGUAAUAUACUGAGUUCAGGGCAUCUGACAGUUGAGUGGAUGCUUCCAGAUCUUACUACUUUGGACAAAACAGAUUCCCACAGAAUUACAUCAGACCACAACAGAUUAGUUAUCAAGAACACAAGCUUGUCUGACAGUGGACUCUAUCACUGUUUUGUGCGUACUGAGACAGGAGUAGACAUUGUUUCAUAUAGGCUUAUGGUUAGGGAACGUCUUCUCAGUCCUAGUGACCUAAAUGGAAAUAAAAUUUCUUUGGAGAAUGGAGAAUACCUUAGUCUUCCCUGUUCAGUUACUUCACCACAGCCAAUUGAAACAAGAUGGUUCCUACCAAAUCAUCAGAUUCUAAAGGCAUCCAUUGAAAUGGGUCGAAUCUAUGUGUCACAAAAUAACACUCUGGUCAUAAAACAAGUAAAAAAUGAAGAUGCUGGGGAAUACAGCUGUUUAGCUGCUAACAUCCAUGGAGCAGAUAUGUUGUCUCAUUUGGUUGUUUUAACAGAUGAAAAAGAGGAAGACGUCACAGGUGUUAGCGUGGUCAAGGGUAAAUCACCACUGUAUGGCCAGGAGGAGGAUGCUGAGGGGUCAGGAUACCAAGAAAUCAAGCAGUUCACUGUUACACAAACACCACCCAGGGUACUCGGAAAAGAUAGGAAUGCAGGUGGACCUCAUCGGCAGGGUUUUAAUAGAAAAAAGAUCAAUGAGAAAGUGAGGAAACCAAAUAAAUCAGUCAAACAGCUUGAUCCAGGCCGAUGGGCACAAAUCUUAGCAAAAGCCAAUGCUAAAGUCUUGACUGUGCAACCAGUAACAGCUAUGACAACAGCAGCCACAAUAGAAGUGCAAACAACAACAACAACAACAACUACACCCACUACAACCAGCACAACUCCAACCACUGCUGAUCCUGUCACUCUUUCUUUUACUACCAGUGCUACUACUAAUAGUCAUAAAAAUAAUUUCAAUACUAGGCAGAUGGUACCGUCCAGUAACAGAAAGCCUACAGACCACAAUUCACCACACCAAACAAAUGUCCAUCAAAAUCCUGAUGAUUUAAAAAUGUCAAAAAUGGCUUCAAUAAACCUUUACUCAACCACAUUAUCUCCUAUUAGUUUAAACGUGCGACCUGUGACAAAAAUUGAGAAACCAAAAACAGAGGAAAAAAUAAGGGUGAAUAAUCGCAUACCCAACACAAGACGAAGACCACAACACAGGAGAAGACCUCAGUCAAGAAGGCCACAGAGACCAAUGCGUCCCCCACCAACAGAAGUAACAUUCACAACUGUAUUAACUACAACAGCUCCUGAACAUCUCAUCACCAUAGACACUCACUCUGAAACUACAAAUCAGAGACCUGAAAGAAAACCACUUACAGAUUCAGAUAUUUUAAGUGAACAUGGACCUCAAAUCAAAAACAAAGUAGACAUAACUGUGAAGUCUCAAGCUAACAAAAAAUCUACAUUACCAAAGGAAAUAAAACUUACCACUACAACUUCUGAGGCUCCUGUUAUGCUAGUACUAACACAAGAUAAGUGGCAUGGACAAAAAAACAUUGAGAACAUUUAUUGGAGUAGCAGCAUAGCAAAUAAAGAAUAUAAUAACCAAAAGAUCACAAGUACAAGUUCUCCUACUAUUCAAAUCACUAACAUUAAACCUCCUGUAUUUCACAAAGAGCCAACAACCACAGACAAACCAACCCUGACCAUAAGCCACAGAGUGGAAAUUCCAUUAAAUAGACCUGAAAGUCCUGGUUUGCCUGUCCACCCUUGGUUAGCUCAAAGAAAAAAACAAAUAUUAAUUACACCUAGGCCGUAUACCACUUCUUCCUUAUGGACUUAUACUAAACGCAUUCCAGCCUGGCCCAGAGUUCAUGAAUCACAGCAUCAACCUUCAGAACGAACCUUGCAUUCAGUGCAUUCAAGUGGAAGGAAUGCAGGGUUCACUAAUCGGCCUGAAAUCACAGCACAAACAGCGAACCCCACACCUUACAUCCCGCGGUCAUCAGCAACCCCCCUUCCAAAAACUGUAGUACCACAAAGUAGCUCAUCCCAUGUAAGGGACUACUUGCUCUUUAACAGGCUUCGAAACCGAUACCGACAAUCCCAGAUUGACGCCCAGCGUUUAGCCCAGUCGGGAAAGCUAGUUACUUCAAAACCAAGAAUUUACCAGCCCACUCUAAAACUACAUCCAGCCCCAGAUUAUCCAAGUAUAUACAAACCUGUAACACCCCCGUCAAUUAUAGCAACUACUAGCAAACCACACUCCACGGCCAGCAUACUAUAUGGCAGUCGCUGGCACUACAGUAACUUUCAACCAAAGAAAUUGAGCACUGCUCUGCCCUUUCCAAACCUGAUGGGGAGUGGUGUCAAGCCAAGAAUAAUGACAGUUGACUCAGCUGCUGUGUCUGCGCUGGCGGAAAAAAAUGUUCUGCUGCGUUGUCAGGCAUCAGGAGACCCCAAGCCUGUUAUUUCCUGGACAAAAGUCUCUACAGGUGCUACAAUUCAAGCCAGCACCAAACAUGGACAACGAUUUGAGGUUCUUCCAAAUGGUUCCUUUGUCAUAAAGAAUGUACAGUUGCAGGACAGAGGUCAGUACCUUUGUACUGCACAGAACAAGUUUGGCUCAGAUCGCAUGGUGGUCACUCUUAUUGUACAGACAGAACCUCCCAAAAUAGAGGGCCCCAAAUACAGAGAAGUCUCAGUGUACAUGGGGAAACAAAUAAGCUUGGAUUGCAUUGCAGUAGGCAAGCCCCAAGCACAAGUCUCCUGGAUUCUUCCGGACAGAACCAUAGUGCGGGACUAUAUGCUUCCUGAUCGACCCAUCUCACUUUUUCCAAAUGGAACACUCAGCAUUCAGUCAGCAAACUUUUCCACUAAAGGCAACUACAAGUGUAUUGCCAGUAAUGCAGCAGGUGCUGACACUCUGACCUAUCAGCUACACGUUGCAGCAUUGCCACCAACGAUCAAGGAAGAGUCCUCUGAGAGUUUACACAUUAAUCGUGGAAGAAGUAUCUCUGUACACUGCACAGCAAAGGGAGAACCUGAGCCUCUUCUUAAAUGGAUUCUUCCUGAUGGUUCUCAACUGAAACCUACACAGUUCAUAGGGCGGCGUGUCUUUGUUUUCCCUAAUGGCACACUCUACAUCAAGAGUCUCAUCCCUGCGGAUGCAGGAGGAUAUGAAUGUUCGGCCACAAAUGUGGUUGGGCUUGCUCAAAGAGUGGUAAAGCUGGAUAUAAGGCAGGAGUCUGCAGGUCUUUGGAAAGGUCCGUCUCAACAGCAUAGUGUUUCGGCUAUGUAUGGUUCUACAGUGUUCCUACAUUGCCCUGAGUCAGCUGACUACCACAGAGGUACGGUGUGGAGGCUGCCAUCUAAAACACUGUUGGAACAUCAGUACAGUCCCUUCAGACACAUCAAUGCUUUCCCUAAUGGUACACUCAGGAUCCUGCAACUGACUGAAAAAGACAGAGGAAGUUACUUGUGCAUGUAUCAAAAGCCCAAUGGAGAGGAUAUGGAACUAUUUGAACUCGAGGUCCUGAUGAAGCCACCUAAAAUAAAGAACAUGGGCGGUCAACAAAAGAGAGUUACAAAUGGUGAGAACUUCCUUGUGGAUUGUGUAGCUUCAGGUCUUCCAGAUCCUGAGGUGUCUUGGAGUCUCCCUGAUGGAACGAUGAUAAACAAUGCUCUCCAAUCAGAUGACAGUGGGACUCGCAGCCGUCGCUAUGUUAUAUUUGAGAAUGGGACACUCUUGUUGCCACAUAUGGGAAAAAGCGAUGAGGGUGAUUACACAUGCUAUGCAAAGAACAAACUGGGAGAGGAUGCAAUGAAAGUGAAUGUCCAAGUUGUCCAAAAUUCACCCCGAAUUUCCUCCAAGGACCAGGUUUUUCUCAGUUUUCCACUUGGCCAAUCAGCCCAUCUGAAGUGUGAUGCUACUGGUGAACCUCUACCUGCAAUUAUUUGGAUUUCACCAAAUAAUGAAUUGAUAACUUUAUCUUCGGUCAAAUAUCAAAUACUCAGAGAUGGAACACUGAUCAUAAAUAAGGUCACUUUGGCAGAUCAGGGCAAGUACACUUGUGUUGCAAGAAAUUCUGCUGGUGAUGACAUUAAGAAUGUAAAACUCCAGGUAGAGGUAAGUGAGCCAUAUAUUAAUGGAAAAAGUGGACGAACUGACAGUAGACUUUUGGCAGUGUCCUAUCAGACAGUUUUGAUGCACUGCAAAGCCGAUGGCAUGCCUGAACCCCAGACAAUAUGGACGACACCUUUUGGUAUGUCUCUGCCUGUACCUUAUGUCGGAGGCAGAUUCCAAGUGCAUAAAAAUGGUACUCUUGAAUUGCGAGGCAUCCGGAAAACUGAUGAAGGCAAGUUUCUGUGUGUGGCCAGAAAUAACCUAGGAGAGGCCACCCUAACAAUUGACCUUGAAGUAGCAUCACUUGCUGAAAAACCAAGCUUCCUUAUUCCAAAUAUAGAGGUGCUGUCUCUUAAACCUGAUGAAAACGAAAUCCUUUUACAGUGCCAGGCUAUGGGAAAACCCAAGCCAGAGUUUGUCUGGAUUCUGCCCAACAGCACAGUGCUGGUUCCAGGAAUGAGACUAAAAAGAUUUGUUCACUCUUUGGAAAAUGGCAGUUUGCAUAUUAUUCAGCCAGUGCCCAGUGACAAAGGUGUUUAUCGUUGCUUGGCCAAAAAUGUUGCAGGACAAGCAGAAAAACGCUACGCUCUGGAACCUGGAAGGAAGCCUCAAAUUCGAGGUACACCAUCACCUAUGAAGAUUUCAUAUGGACAGACAUUAAACAUGCCAUGUACAGUGGAAGGCUGGCCCCAAGCAACUAUCGCAUGGACUCUUCCAAAUGGUUUGGUAUUGGACAGGCCUCAAGUUAUUGGACGAGUUGCCUUUCUAUUAAAUGGAACCCUUCAGCUUAGGGAAACUGCAAAAUCUGAUAGGGGUACUUACAUUUGCAAAGCCACUAACACAUUUGGAUCAUCAACACUGUCUUAUCCUGUUACUAUUAUGGUACUUCCACCACAGAUCACUAUUGCACCCCCAUCCAUCAUAAAAGUGUCUAAGGGUUCUCCAGUGACACUAAAAUGCAUUGCUUCUGGUACUCCUAAACCAGACAUUUCAUGGACCCUGCCUGGGCGUACCACACUUGUGCCCAAUAAUCGCUUUACCUCAUUAGGUGGAAUUUACAUGACAGAGGAUGGUAGUUUGGUCAUUCAGGAUCCUAGUCUUAUGAACUCUGGAAUUUAUAAAUGUAAUGCUAAAAAUGCCUUGGGAAUGGAUUUCAAAGCAACAUACCUUCAGGUGAACUAAGCAUGUGAAGGAAAAAAUGCGUUAAUCUGAAGUUAAAACGGUUUAUAGAUAUGGACAUUAUAUUCCUGUAAACCAGUGUAAAUAGAAAGCUGCGAUUCAUGUUCCUGGAAAAAUCUCAGCAGUUUACAAAUGGGCAUUAUCUUUCUUUCUUCUUAAAAAGACUAGCAUGUAUUGUUGUAGCCUUUGGUUGGGAACCAACACUCUAACGUUCUGGAGAACCCAUGAGAUUUUUUUUUUUUUUUUAUGUUUGUAUUUAAUUUAUGAAAAUAUUAAUUUGUACAUGGAAUUAUUCAUCUGCCGUUUAGACACUUACGCAUCAUUGGUUUAAAAAUGGAAAAAAAAAAAAUGAUACACAAGUUUGUAUUUUCAUUUGAAUCGUUUCUGCUGUUUAUAUGCAGUGUAAAUGUAUGUCCAGCAAACAGCAUCAGGAUGUAAUCCAUCUACAACAACACAGCCUUUCACUGUUGGAGUAGAAAGGAAGCCUUGUAGGCAUAAAUGUUACCAUUGUUCUGACAGCUCUACCAAAAACUAUACACAAGCAGCCGAUUCUGUAACAGAAUAACUGCUAGAGAAAAGGUUUUGGAUUGGCACAUUUUGAAUGACCCUAAUAGAAUAAUUUGAAGUGUAGCUCAAAAUCAAUAAUUAAGUUGAUGUUCUGCUUUUUGUGAAAAUGUUUAUUACUGCUGUUAUGUUGUAAUUCAAUGUGAAUAGUUUAUCAUUUUGCCAGAUGGCCUGAGCAGCCUCUUAUACUAUGAUUACUUAAAGAAUGACUAACAUUAUGUGAUUGUACUCAUAAUGUGAUUGUUUAAAAAAAAAAAAUGAACGCUUACAG